UAGAAUGCAUCUCCUCCUAAACUAACACUCCCUUAUUUACUUUUUCCAAAUCCCUCUCUUUCUUUCUCUCUCCUACACUAAAAGAGAUAUACUCCUACUAGUAUUUCGUACUUAACAGUUCCCUCAUUUCUUGAAGAGAAUUUGAUAUCUCAUUUUCUCUACUUUGCUCCUCUCUCAAGCAUGAAUCAUAAUCAUAGAUAUUUGGACUUGUGGGCAAAAGAUUUAUAGGUUAUGACUUGCACUACUGAGAUGGCUUUCUUCCCAACAAAUUUCAUGCUACAAACUCCUCAUCAUGAAGAUGAACAUCAACCUUCAACUUCUCUCAAUCCCAUUCUUCCUUCAUGCUCACCUCAAGACUUCCAUGGUAUUGCUUCAUUUUUGGGAAAAAGAUCCAUGUCAUUUUCUGGGAUGGAGGCAAAUAAUAAUUGUGAGGAAAAUCAUGGAGAAGAUGAUUUGUCUGAUGAUGGAUCACAAGCAGGGGAGAAGAAGAGGAGACUUAACAUGGAACAAGUAAAAACUCUUGAGAAGAACUUUGAGUUGGGAAACAAACUUGAACCUGAGAGGAAAAUGCAACUAGCAAGAGCUCUAGGCUUGCAACCAAGGCAAAUUGCAAUUUGGUUCCAAAAUAGAAGAGCAAGAUGGAAGACAAAGCAAUUGGAGAAAGAUUAUGAAGUUCUUAAGAGAAAAUUUGAUGCUAUCAAAGCUGAAAAUGAUGCUCUACAAACUCAGAACCAACAGCUUCAUGCAGAGAUCAUGGCACUAAAGAAUAGCGAGCAGCCAACAGAAUCAAUCAAUUUGAACAAGGAAACAGAAGGAUCAUGCAGCAAUAGAAGUGAAAAUAGCUCAGAAAUAAAGCUAGACAUUUCAAGAACACCAGCCAUUGACAGCCCAUUAUCCAAUCAUCAUCAUCCAAUUUCUAGCAGACCUUUAUUUCCACCUUCAAUGAUCAGGCCUAAUAAUAAUAAUAACAAUGGGGUGGUGCCUCAUCAACUCUUCCACAUCAAUUCAUCUUCAUCAAGACCAGAUCUCAAAUUAAUGGACCAAAAUACUAAUACUGUCAAAGAAGAAAGCCUAUCCAACAUGUUUUGUGGCAUUGAUGAUCAAACAAGUUUUUGGCCAUGGCUAGAGAACCAACAUUUUAAUUGACUUUUUUUUGAGAAAGAAAGAGCAAAAGGGACCAAAAAGUUACUUUCAAAAAAGUUGCUGAGAUGAAGGAAGAUUUUAAAUUUAUCAUAUCACCAUAUUUCUUUUGAGUUGAGAGAAGAAAGAAAGUUACUCUAUUUGUUUUGUGGUGUAUUAGGCAUUUGUAUAAAGUUACCAAGUACAUUUCAAGUACUUAAGGAUCUUUAUGGAGAAAAUAAUAUUAAAGACGUGUCUUUUUUCCCUU